GUAAGUAAACAUUAAAAAUACGAUAAGUAUUAAUGAGUUGGAUUUAAGAUAAAAUUAGGAUCCUACAUGAGUUUAGAAUACGUGUCUUCAAAAGAUAGUCUCUCAAAAAGACUAGCCCAAUAAAAUUUGGACCUUAGGACCUUACAUUAGAAAGGCAAAGGAAAAGCCACGAAGCUUAUGCAUAGAUGAGAAAAAACAGUCCACAUAUAUACCAAGUUGCAAGAAUCGAUAACUAAUUUAUCCACAUCCUCAUUAUUUCUAGUGCUCUCCAAUUUACAUGCUCUCUACACUCUAACCUCACAUUUCUUUUCUUCUUCUCCUUCAUAUAGUACUUCAACCCAAAAUUCCAGAGUGAGGAGAACACUAGAGUAGAGAAAAAAUGGCUGCAGAAUCAAUCAGAAUUACAGGAACACUUGAACCCAUUUGCAAUAUUAAUAAUGGGUCUCAAAAGAAGCUAUUUUCUCUCUCCUCCUCCUACAAAAAUCGUCGCCAUCGUCUCAAUGUUUCUUCUUCUCUUUCUGAUUUUUUUGGUGGUGUUCGGAUUAGUAGGUGCAGUUCUGGAAACGUUUCUUCUUUACAGCAUCAGAGGAAGAAUAAGUUCUCUGUUUUUGCCAUGGCUGCUGAUGAGGGUAAGCGGCAAGUUCCAUUAAAAGAUUAUCGAAACAUCGGUAUUAUGGCUCAUAUUGAUGCUGGGAAGACCACCACUACUGAAAGGGUUCUGUAUUACACAGGCCGAAACUAUAAGAUUGGUGAAGUGCAUGAGGGAACCGCAACUAUGGACUGGAUGGAGCAAGAACAAGAAAGAGGAAUUACAAUCACUUCUGCAGCUACUACAACGUACUGGAACAAGCAUCGUAUCAAUAUUAUUGAUACUCCUGGCCAUGUUGAUUUCACAUUAGAGGUUGAACGGGCUCUUAGGGUGUUGGAUGGUGCUAUAUGCUUGUUUGAUAGUGUCGCUGGGGUGGAGCCACAGUCUGAAACAGUUUGGAGACAAGCUGAUAAAUAUGGAGUGCCCCGUAUAUGUUUUGUUAAUAAGAUGGAUCGUCUUGGUGCAAACUUCUUCAGGACAAGAGAUAUGAUAGUCACCAACUUGGGUGCGAAACCUCUUGUACUUCAGUUGCCUAUUGGUGCUGAAGACAGUUUCAAGGGAGUCAUUGAUCUUGUGACGAUGAAGGCUAUAGUUUGGUCAGGAGAGGAAUUGGGUGCAAAAUUCAGUUACGAGGAUAUUCCUGCCGAUCUUCAGGAAUUGGCAGCAGAUUAUCGGGCACAACUGUUAGAAACCAUUGUAGAAUUAGAUGAUGAGGUUAUGGAGAGCUACUUGGAAGGUGAUGAGCCCGAUGAGGCAACAAUUAAGAAACUUAUCAGGAACGGAACCAUCUCGGCCAGCUUUGUUCCUGUAAUGUGUGGGUCAGCCUUCAAAAACAAAGGUGUUCAGCCUUUGCUUGAUGCAGUAGUAGAUUAUCUACCUUCACCUCUUGACUUGCCCGCAAUGAAGGGCUCUGAUCCUGAAAAUCCCGAAUCGGUAAUUGAGAGGGAGGCAAGUGAUGAUGCCCCGUUUGCUGGCUUGGCUUUCAAGAUCAUGAGUGAUCCAUUUGUGGGUUCUCUUACGUUUGUCAGAGUCUAUUCCGGUAAAUUGGCAGCAGGGUCUUAUGUAUUGAAUUCAAACAAGGGAAAGAAAGAAAGAAUUGGUAGGCUUUUGGAAAUGCAUGCCAACAGCAGAGAAGACGUUAAGGUUGCAGUAACUGGGGAUAUUAUCGCUCUUGCUGGACUGAAAGACACCAUCACGGGUGAAACACUCUGUGACCCAGAAAAGCCUGUUGUGCUUGAGCGCAUGGACUUUCCUGAUCCUGUCAUUAAGGUGGCUAUUGAACCUAAGACUAAAGCUGAUAUCGACAAAAUGGCUACUGGUCUGAUAAAGCUUGCACAAGAAGAUCCAUCUUUUCACUUUUCUCGUGAUGAAGAAAUCAACCAGACAAUCAUUGAAGGCAUGGGAGAGUUACAUCUUGAGAUUAUUGUGGAUCGGCUCAAAAGAGAAUUUAAGGUUGAGGCCAAUGUUGGUGCACCACAAGUUAACUAUCGUGAAAGUAUUUCUAGGUCAUCAGAAGUCAAGUACGUCCACAAGAAACAGUCUGGGGGAUCAGGACAGUUUGCAGAUAUUACAGUACGGUUUGAACCGCUGGAGGCUGGUAGUGGAUACGAGUUUGUCAGCGAAAUUAAGGGAGGUGCUGUGCCUAAGGAAUACAUCCCUGGAGUAAUGAAGGGACUAGAAGAGUGCAUGAGCAAUGGUGUGCUUGCGGGAUUUCCUGUGGUCGAUGUGCGGGCUGUCUUAGUGGACGGUUCAUACCACGAUGUUGACUCAAGUGUCUUAGCUUUCCAGCUGGCUGCCAGAGGAGCUUUCCGAGAGGGUAUGAGAAAGGCUGCUCCAAGGAUGUUGGAACCAAUAAUGAAGGUUGAAGUAGUUACACCCGAAGAACACUUGGGAGAUGUUAUAGGUGACCUCAACUCUAGGAGAGGGCAAAUCAACAGCUUCGGUGAUAAGCCCGGUGGUCUAAAGGUGGUUGAUGCUCUUGUUCCCCUGGCCGAGAUGUUCCAAUACGUCAGUACACUACGAGGCAUGACUAAGGGCCGUGCAUCCUACACGAUGCAGCUAGCCAAAUUCGAUGUUGUCCCACAGCAUAUCCAGAACCAACUCGCUUCGAAGGAAGAAGCUGUUUCUGCUUAGAAUACUGGCCCAUCUUCAAGGUCCUAGCAACCAUAAGAUUUUGCUGAAAUUUUGCAUAAUAUUGAUUUGAUUGAUAUAUUCAGGACUUAUGUUUUGGUGUCAAAUUUUGUACAGAAUCAUUUGACAUAAAGAUUCUUAAUUAAUGUAGCUGAAAAACUCAGUUAUAUAUUUUGUCAGAGUUGAAGGAAUUUAUUGCAAGAAUUAUCAAGUCUGUAAUCAUUGUUUUAGUUUUCUGGGUA